AUGGAGGAUAUGCUGGACGCUACCCCCAGCCAGCGGGCGCGCGAUCUCCAGAAACAGGAUCUCCUGCAAGGCAUGGGAGACCGCAUCAAAGGCUUCUCCGACUCCGGACACGACGUCGCGGUUUCGUUCCACGCGUUCGCCAGGCAGUCACUCAUGCCCAUCCUCAGCGCCUCAGCAUGGGAAGCGCGCCCUCUGCGCCCAUUACUCAUGCGCCUCAAGCGGGCCUCGAGGCCACGGCGAGCUUCCAAAAUUGCGUUCACCCUCAGUGCCGUGCUGCCCGCUACCUCUGCACCCCUCCCGGCCGUACAGCCCACGCAGAUAAUGUUCUAG